AUGUGCCGCUCAACACAGCCAUCAGCAAGAGCAGCAUCAGCAGCAGCAGCAGCAGCAGAAGCAGCAGCAGCAGCAAGCCCAGCGACAGCAGCAGCAGCAGCAGCAGCAAGAACAACAAGGACAGCAGCAGCAGCCACAACAAGGACGACGACGACAGCAGCAGCAGCAGCCACGGCAGCAGCAUUGUUGUCUUUGCUGUCUUCUGUAAGUACAGUGUCUGCGGAUUUGUCUCUUUCUGUGUCUCUCUUGAAGGCUCUUGCUGCGCUGCAGCAGCAAGCAGCAGCAGCAAAAGCAGCAAUCGAAGCAGAUGUUGCUGCUCUCAGCAGCAACAGCAAGCAGCAAUUUGUUAAUCUGCAGCUGCUGCGGACUUACCAGCAGCAGCAGGGAAAAGCCCUGAAGAGCCAGCUGAAUUAUUUGCUGCCUGAGGCAACCGCGAGAAGCAGCAGCAGCAGCAGCAGAAGCAGCAGCAGCAGCAGCAGCAGAACAGUUAGGGCGAAGGCGGCUCACGAUUCAGCAGACCAAGGAGAAGAAGAGCUGCGCAGCGCAGCAGCAGCAGCAGCACCAGCAGCAGCAGCAGCAACAGCAGCAGCCGCAGCAGCAACCAUGCUGCUGCUGCUGUGA